CCUGUUGCUACCGAGGCACCCCCGAGAACCGACGCCCUACACACCACCACCACCACAGGGAGUGCAAACACGACCAUCAACUUUGGUGUUGAAAUAUCAGCGGCUGUCCCCCUGGUGCUAUUUUCCUUUCUGCUCGGGUAUACAGCGUGGUAGACCCCACCUCUGGAGUGGGACGGUUAAAGUUAGGGUAUCAUCACGGUUUGGUCAACCGCUGUUUUCCGGACAUAGCAGCAACACCCGUCCGACUUAGGUCGCCCCGAGUCGUCCUUGCGAAUGGCUACUGUAGCUUGUAUUCUGAUGUUUUCUGUUGUCGAAGGGGUCAAAGGUUUUGGGUAAAACCACCUUCUGGACUAUCUGGCGUGGAAGGAGUUUUGGUAAAAAACACCAGCUAGACAAGAGCAGACCUCUGGAAACAAGCACAGGAGAGAGAAAAGCCGAACGCAAAGCAUAGAGCGGAGAGAAGGAUAGAAAGAGAAAUCAGCAGAGGCACUAAGAUGUCUUCCCGUGGUGGCGGUCGUGGUGGGAGAGGACGAGGAGAUUCUAGGGGUGGAGGACGAGGAGGGGGAGGAGGCGGCCGUGGUGGGGACUCGUACAGGGGUGGCGGGCGCGGCGGAGGGAGAGGAGGAGGCCGAGGAGAUUUCCGGGGCGGUGGGCGUGGAGGGGGCAGAGGCGGCGGAGGGGGCCGGUUCGGUGGAGCGCAAGAGGAUGCCCGCUUCCGAAACGUUCCUCGCGUGCACGAGAUCCCCAUCGUGAACGUACCCGGGAAGCCACUCCCCCCCCCAGCGCCCGUCAGCAGGACCGCCCUCGCGGAUACUCCUGUUGACGACAUCAUCCUCCCGCACCGGCCGAACUACGGCAAGAUGGGCAAGAAGGUGAUGGUGACGGCCAACCACUACAAGGCGGACUACAACAGCAAGCAGCUGCUGUACCAGUACGAUGUCAGCCUCGAGGGCUUCGAGAAGACCGCGCUGCCCGCAGCCAAGCUCCGCGCCAUCUUCCAGAAGUUCAAGGAGCAGCACUCCGCCUCUUCCCUCGGAGGCAUCGCCUUCACCUACGACGGCCGCUCGGUCAUGAUCACGGCGAGGCCGCUGCCCUUCCCGGCAGAGGGCGCAUCUUUCGUGGUGGUGUUCGAGCCGGCCACCGAGAAGAGGGAGGCGAACAACUUCACCGUCAUCCUCAAGCAGGUGGCGCAGCGGAGGCUCGCCGACCUGGCCGUCUUCUUCAGCGGGCAAACGAGCCAGAACGCGUACGACUGCAUCACGGCACUGGACAUCUCGCUCCGGCACGCCCCCUCGAUGAAGCUCACGUGCGUCGGUCGCAGCUUCUUCACGCCGGACAUGCCCUCGCCCAUUUCUGGGGGUGCGGAGGUGUGGCUCGGCUACUACCAGUCCCUCAGGGCCACGCAGGGCGGGCUCACGCUCAACGUGGACAUGAGCGCGAUGGCCUUCGUACGGAGCAUGCCCAUGAUGGACUUCGUGUGCGAGCUGUUGGGCGUCCGUGACCCCGGUCAACUCAGCCGCGGCAUCCGGCCGUACGACCGCCGCAAGCUGGAGACAGCGCUCAAGGGGGUCAACGUCGAGGUCACGCACCGAAAGUCCAACCGGCAGUACCGCGUGAGCGCGCUGUCGAAGAUCGGGGCGGACCAGCUGACGUUCCCUGACCAGGAGAGCGGUAAGGACGAGAUCGUCGCCAGGUACUUCGGCGAGAAGUACUUCAAGCUCAGGUAUCCGUCACUGCCGUGCGUGCGCAUCGGGUCUGCGUCCAAGCAUAACUACAUCCCCAUGGAAGUGUGCCAGAUCGCCCAGGGGCAGAAGGUGGCCAAGCUCGACGAGAAGCAGACGGCAGACAUGAUCAAGAUCACGUGCCAGAGGCCGGACGUCCGCCAGGGCGCCAUCCACCAGCAGUUCAACAAUAUUAACGCCGACAUGAACAAGAGCUGCGAGCAGUUCGGGAUCCGCAUCACGAACGAGCAGAUCCAGACCCAGGCUCGGAUCCUCCCCCCGCCCUGCAUCCAGUACAACAAGGCUGGACGGCAGCAGACGGAGCAGCCGCAGUGCGGCUCCUGGAACCUCCGCGACAAGAAAAUGUUCGACAACAAGAAGCUGGUCAGCUGGGCGGUUGUCUGCUUCACGCAGGAGCGAGACCUGCAGCUACAGGGUGCGGAGCAUUUCGUGUCGGAGUUAGUGAAGGUCAUGGGCACCCACGGGAUGGACGUCAGCCCCGACGCGAGGAGGCCGCCGAUCCUUAUGGCGGACAGCGUGGCGGCCAACCAACAGCGCGUGGACGACGCCACCUACGCCAGAAACGCCCUCACGGCCGCCAGAGACGCAGCCAGGAACAAGUUCAAGGUAGACUGCCAGCUGAUCCUGGUGCCGAAGGCCACCCAAGACUCGAAGGACUACGGCGAGAUCAAGCUCGCUUCGGACACCGUGCUCGGUAUCCCGAGCCAGUGCGUGUUGCUGAAGCACGUCCACACGGCGAAGAUCCAGUACCUGGCGAACCUUUGCCUCAAAAUCAACGCCAAGCUCGGCGGCCGCAACGCCGUGCCGAGGGACAAGCUUCCCUUCGUGCAGGACGCUCCCACGAUCGUCUUCGGCGCCGACGUGAACCACCCCGGCGCCGGGAACGUAUCGAAGCCGUCCAUCGCCGCCGUCGUGGCCAGCAUGGAUCGAUGGGUCUCGAGGCACGGGUCGUGCGUCGCGGUGCAGGAGCACCGGAAGGAGGUUAUCCAGGACCUGGCGUCGAUGGUGAAGAACCUGCUGAUCUCGUUCUACCGCGUCAACAACGCGAAGCCUGCCCGCAUCAUCUUCUUCCGCGACGGCGUUAGCGAGGGGCAGUUCCGAGAGGUCCUCCGCUACGAGGUCCGAGCGAUCGAGCAGGCGUGCGCGGCGUUGGAGGCGGGCUACCGCCCCACCAUCACCUUCAUCGUGGUACAGAAGCGCCACCACACCCGCCUCUUCCAGCCCAACAGGGAUGACCAGGACAAGUCCGGCAACGUCUUCCCCGGUACCGUGGUCGAAACUGGGAUCUGCCACCCCAUGGAGUGGGACUUCUACCUCAUGUCCCACGGAGGCCUCCAGGGAACCUCUCGCCCGGCCAAGUACCACGUGCUCUGGGACGAGAACGCGUUCGACUCGGACUCUCUCCAGCUGCUGUGCUACCACCUGUGCUUCAUGUACUGCCGGUGCACCCGCAGCGUGUCCAUCCCACCGGCCGUGUACUACGCCCACCUGGUCGCUUUCCGCGCCCAGUUCUUCGUCAACGUGGGAGACGACUCCUCCUCCGAGUCGUCCUCGGUCGUGCAAGGCAGGGACGGCGGCGCCAGGGAGAUCGACUGGGCCCGCUGCUUCAGCUCGGUGCACCAGAGCCUGACCAACGUCAUGUACUUCGUCUGAGCCUUACCAUAACCGGCAGUCCGCUGGGAGCAAGGCGUGCGCAUGUGUGGUUCUCGGAUCGGGUGCACAGCUGCAGCUGCUGUGUUUGGGAGAGUUUGGUCUGUUCGGAAGGUCCCCCUGAAUGCGGUGUUGUUUUGAAACGGCUCGGGCUGCUCGAGACUCUGUUGUCGUCAUAUCGGUCCGUCCCCCCUGUGGAAUGAACUUGACGGUACCGGACUGCUGUGGUCUUCUUGUUCCAAUGCCGGGGUCAACGUGGUCUGUCUCUUCUGAUCUCUCGCUUGGUAUCAUGGGAUGUGUUGCUGCCUGAUCCAAGCGUUUUUUCUUUCCGAGUCUGACGCGCCGAGCAGUUGGUUGGUCGACGCGUUGGGGGCUGCUGAGAUGCCGCUUGGUCUCGCAAGGAGAGAGCGGACUUGGUUGGUUUUGGCGUCCUUGCGUCCGGUGUGAGCGAGCGAUUCAUGAAAUGUACUUGAGCUGUAGGGUAGUGUCACCGUAGGUCAUCUUGUACGAUCGUAGAUCAUCUUGUUUCACUCAGCCGGGGGGGAAACAUGCAGCAAGCAACAAUAACGAGAGGAGGAACGGAGGACGGUCGUCACGCCGGGAUCCGGAUCUGAUCCGUGAACACGCAAGGGCCGUUCACGGGUCGCCCAAGCAAACUUCCGGCGGCGACCACCCCCUCUCCGUGUGUGUUCGCGCUGCCAAUGUCCGUCUUGUUUAGGUUGAUUGUGGCCCCGGGGGCUUUGAAUUGUUUUUCUGCACUUGGGUUACCCGUAACCCUUUCAUGUCUCCGGAGUGGUGGUGGCAAGACGGCUGAAAGCGAACAGGCAGGCUAGACGACACGGUCUUAAUGCCGCGGACAUAUAUCUAUGUAGAAGGUGACCUGUUUUGCUCGGGGUCUGUUUAUUUUUUCCUGAUCCCGGUCUUCCGUGGAUCUGAACACGAAACGACAGCGGUGGGAGGUUGCGCUGCAGUUGGGAGCGGAAGGUGUGCCACGAUGUGGGUUGUGUGUCUUGCUGAUGUUACUCUUGUUGGAGAAAAAAGAGUGUGGUGCACGAUGGUACACAAGUGCGCGUUACGCGCAGGGCUUAAGGUCUCGGUACAAGGUCAAGCAAGAAUUGCAUUUUUCGGACUAAGGUUCUGACCGGCCUUCUUUCGCAAAAACCCCAUGUGCUCCAGACAUUCUGGUGGGACUGUCAUGUUUGCAAAGAAACGACGGUGGGCUUUGGCAUGAAAUGAUGUAGCUGCGCCGAGUUACUGUUAAGUUCUUUUCUCUCGUGUCGUGUGACUCGGCGUGUUAUCAUAGCCCUCAUAUGUGACUAUUCAGAGAAGUCAAAGCCUUUGUGUGGACAGCAACAAGAUUUGAAAACAAUUGUUUCGUGUGUACAUCGUGUUUUUUGUUUCCAGCUUUCGUUUGUCCUUGUUUGCUCUGGUUGGUAGAAGACAAAUGCUUGAACACGACAGAGCUGUCAGGCCGACUCUUGUGGAAGGAUUCCGAUUUUGGAAUCGCGCUAUUUGUAGACUAUUAUUUAAAAACCGAAUUCGCAGCGGCGGCGCUUCCGGUUCCGCGAGGUGGUGGGUAUGAAUGCCAUGUGCUGUGAGU